AUGUGUUCACAGGUUCUGAGGGUCAGAGGUCAGGCGGAGGACAGCAGUCUGCAGGAUCGCGGUCAGUGGGCUAGUAAAGCUGAGUUUCUGCUUGCUGUUGCUGGACAGAUUAUUGGUCUGGGUAACGUGUGGCGAUUCCCAUAUCUGUGUUACAAGAACGGAGGAGGUGUGUUCCUCGUGCCAUACAUGUUAUUCCUGGUAGUGUGUGGCGUACCUCUCUUCCUGUUGGAGACGGCUCUGGGUCAGUUCACCAGUUUGGGAGGAGUCGGCGCCUGGAUGAAAAUCUGCCCUCUGUUUGCAGGUCUGGGUUUCGCCAGUCAGAUGAUGAUCUUACACAGUUGUGUGUAUUAUAUUGUUAUUCUGGCCUGGGCAUUUUUCUACCUGUGCAGCAGCUUCCAGACGCGGCUUCCCUGGUCGCACUGCAACAACACCUGGAACACAGACUCCUGCAGGGGGUUUGAUCGACACAACAUGAGCGAUCUCUCUGAAAACGCCACGUCUCCAGUCAUUGAGUUUUGGGAACGUGAGGUGUUGGACCUGUCUGCUAGUGUGGAUCGUCUGGGCUCAGUAAACUGGCGUCUGGCCCUGUGUCUGCUGCUGGUGUGGACAGUCUGCUAUUUCUGUGUCUGGAAAGGAGUCAAAUCCACCGGCAAGGUUGUGUAUGUCACAGCCACCUUCCCGUAUUUGAUGCUGCUGGUGUUGUUGGUUCGUGGGGUUUCUCUACCUGGUGCUGUGGAUGGGAUUGUUUAUUACCUGAAACCCAAUCACACACGGCUGAUGGACCCACAGGUAUGGAUGGAUGCUGGGACUCAGAUCUUUUUCUCAUAUGGCAUUUGUCUGGGAAGUCUUACGGCUCUCGGCAGCUACAACAAAUUCAACAAUGACUGUUACAAGGACUGUUUCAGACUGUGUCUCCUCAACAGCAGUACCAGUUUCAUUGCAGGAUUUGCCAUUUUCUCCGUGCUUGGCUUCAUGGCACAGGAGCAGGGUGUGGAUAUCGCAGAUGUGGUGCAAUCAGGUCCUGGUCUAGCAUUCAUAGCGUAUCCACGGGCCGUGUCCAUGAUGCCUCUGCCGCAGCUGUGGGCCGUGUGUUUUUUCCUCAUGAUACUCAUGUUGGGUUUGGACACUCAGUUCGUCAGUCUGGAGGCAUUGAUAAUGUCCGUGUCAGAUCUGUAUCCCACGCUCAUCCGCAGAUGUCACGGGCGUGAGAUUCUGCUCCUGCUCGUGUGUUUGGUCUGUUUCCUGAUCGGACUACUGAUGGUGACACCGGGAGGCCUGUAUGUGUUUCAGAUCUAUGAUCAUUUCUCCUGCAGUGGAGCCAGUCUGCUGCUGCUGUCUGUCUGCCAGUCUGUGGCCAUCGGAUGGAUCUACAGUGCAGAUCGCUUCAGUAACAAUAUUAAGGCCAUGAUUGGUUACCAGCCGCUCUGCAUCUUCAGGCUGUGCUGGCGUUACCUGACUCCCGCCAUGUGCAUUGGCACAUUCGGGUUCUCGCUCAUGUUCUGGUCUCCGCUGACCCUCGCCAACGGUGUGACGGCCCCUGUAUGGGCCACGGUGAUGGGCUGGACGCUGACGCUGUCCUCUGUGUCUCUUCUGCCUCUCUGGGCCAUCUACAGCCUCAUGAAUACGCCAGGAACCCUUCAACAGCGUCUAUGUCUGCUGUGCCGCCCUGUGCAGGACUCCACGCUGACAGAUGAGCAACUUUACACUGGUACGUGUUUGACCUUUGAUCUUGGCACAAAGAAGCCCAAAGAUCCAUUAAGAACAUGGUGUAAUUGAGUGAAACUGAACAGAUCUGAUCUAAAGAGUCCAGCGUUUGCUCUGAUAUGAGACUGUAGUGGAAUGUUGAAGACUCAAAGGUUAAAACUCGAGCCAAAGUUGAGCUGUGGGUUACAGCAAUACCUCUAAAGAUCCCAAAGCAUUCAUCACCCAAAACAUACACUGGCCCACGCCGACCAGCCUGCGGUUUCUCACAUCGCUCUGACCUGAGCAAAC